UGUCACGCCUCACACCAGUCUCUUACUGCCUCUCGAGCCUUAAUACUUAUAAUUAAACAUAAAUUUGUAUAUUACGGACACAUACGGCUAAAACGGCAUGAUAGUUCUUAGAUUAAAAUAUUUUAAAUUCAUCAUGGCCAUCCGAACAAAAGAAAAUAUUAUAAACACGAAUGAAACAUAUCUGCUGAGAUAAGAAUUACUGGCAACAAAAAACAAUGACGAUUUCAACAUCAUUUGGACUGUGAGUGAUUAUAAUACUUUGUUGGACAUUUUUUAAAUACUACAAUUGAUACAUACGAAGAAGAAAAAAAACUAAAUAAUGGGUGAAAAAUCGAAGAUUUUUUUGUUGUUACUUAAAAAAAAUUUUCUAGUCCGGAAAAAACAUUGGGCCCAAUCUGUUAUUGCCCAGAUUGUAAUUCCUAUUGUAUUAUUUUUAAUUGGAGAAAAUAUUCAGUUGAUGAUCGAUAGUACUCCUACACGUGUCUCUCAUAAUACAUACUAUGAAAUUCGAACUCAAUCUCAGCUAUUAUCUGAUGUUUCAAUGUCUGGAACGUACAUAAAAUAUACACCCCAGAACAACUUUACUGAUAAACUUAUGAAGUCUACAAGAGAGUGUCUUAAGUUAAAAGCUACAGAUGUCAUUGGGUCAAAAGAUGAGGAUACUCUGAUCGCCGAACUUCAACGUGAUUUUUCAACAUCAGAAUAUCCACCAGAAUGUGUUGGCAUUAUUUUCGAAUCUUCUGGAAAUAGUACACUUCUAAAAUAUAAGCUACGAGUAUCUUCAUUGAUGCCAUCAGAGUUAUUCGAUUCCGAAGAAAACAGUAUUCAAGCUAAUUUUCAAUUUUUGAAAGUACCAUUGGUUCAAGUACAGAUGUGUCUAGACCAAUCUUAUAUUAAUUUGACUGUACCGGAACCUAAAUUCCAUAUUCCAGAGAUAACAAUACAACAAAUGCCAUAUCCUCCAUAUAUUAAAGUUGAUAAAGACGCUGUUAUAACUGGGGAUACAUUUGCAGAACUAGCUCGACUGGUAUUUCUCAUAAUAUUGUGUGUAGAAAUAUCAUUCCCAGCAAAUGAAAAAUUUAUUGGUAUUAAUAUUCUUAUGUCCGUAAAUGGCUUAAAAACUCGCAUGAAUUUGUUAAGUUGGUUAGUAAGUGGUGCAAUAUAUAGUACAACUUAUUUAUUACCAAUAGUUUUACUGCUAAAACAUUUUAUGCCACCCAAAGUAAGGCCAUUUUUACUGUAUGGAGAUGCAUUCAUUGUAUGGAUCGCGUUGUUUAUACAUGCUUGUCAUGUCAUUACUUUUGGAUACCACAUUUCAUCCUAUUUUUGGAAACCAUCACACGGGAUAUUCGUGACUUUUAUGGUCACAACUCUUAUGAAUAUCUUGGCAAUUUUCGUGCGUGGAUAUACAGUUGAACGAAUUUUCUUGUACGCUGGAAUUUUUUCUCCUAAUUUCAUAUUGAAAAAAAUUUUUGCAGAACUUACGGACUAUGAAAGUAAAUUAACUGGUAUUCAUUGGUCAAAUUUAUUUACGACUGGUUCGAAUACGGGAGCACCUGAAGGAAGUAUCGGAGUCCUAAUGAUUUUUUCGAUACUUGGCAUUAUUUUUCAUUUUUUCAUGACAAUUUAUGUAUAUAACGUCCUACCUGGAAAAUAUGGAAUUCGGCGUAGUCCAUUUUACUUUUUUCAGCAAAGAAAAUCUAAUAAAGUAGACAUCAAUGAAAAUGAAAUAAUUUUUGAAAACAUUCAUGCGAACAAAAAAGAAUUCGAAGUAGUACCCGAAGGUAGUCUUGAACCAGGAAUAAGAAUUCGAAGAUUAAAGAAAAUAUAUACAACAGAUUGGUUCCGAAAUACAAAAGUUUAUGCACUAAAGGGUGUGUCAUUAGAUUUUUAUAAAAGUCAAAUAACUGCAUUACUUGGUCACAAUGGCGCUGGUAAAACUACAAUGAUGUCAAUUUUGUCUGGACUGACCGAUUUGACCGAAGGCGUUAUAUUUAUUGACGGGAAAAAUAUUCUCACAAACCCAGAUGUAAUUAGUAGUAAUAUCGGUUUAUGUCCUCAAGAAAAUAUGGUAUUUCCAGACUUGAACAUUCAUCAGCAACUGAUGUUUUUCGGUACAUUGAAGGGAAAGACAAAAACAAAAUUGCAGCUUGAACAAGAAAUAGAUUCAUUAUUAUCCAAAGUUAAUUUAUCUGAAAAAAAAUACGCGUUCCCUAAUCAACUUUCCGGAGGUCAAAAAAGACGAUUAUGUCUAGCGAUGGCUGUCGUUGGAGAUGCCAGUGUAUUAAUUUUAGAUGAACCGACAUCUGGAAUGGAUGCUGAAAGUAAACGAGAAGUUUGGGAUAUUAUACUAAAAAUGCGAGGUGAGAAAACAAUAAUAAUCAGUACCCACGACAUGGAAGAAGCCGACAUAUUGGGGGACCGAAUAUCUAUUAUGCAUUCCGGUAAAACAAAAUGCUACGGGACAUCGAUGUUUUUAAAAAAAUUGUAUGGAAAUGGUAACGUAGAAAUAACUUUGUCUACUGAAGAUUGGUUUGACGUGACAAAUAUUUCUCAUGAAAUAGGAGUUACAGUACAAGUUGUAAAUCAAAACGAUGGAAAAACAGUAUUAAUUAUUCCACAUAUUGACAAUUUACCCCAGGCAUUAGAUAAAUUAGAAUUGUCAAAAAAACAAUUAGGAAUAACGGGAAUAAGCGUAUCAAUGAUAACGUUGGAACAGGUAUUUUUACAAGUCACUCGCGAAAAUAAUGAUUUGGUAGACUCGAGUGAUCCAAUAAGAUCUUUUGAUAAAAAUAAAGGAUUUGCUUACUAUGCCCAGACGUUCAAAGGGUUUUUAUUUAAAAAAAUAAUAUUUGCCCGUAAAAAUCCAUGGAAUUUUUUGAUAAGUUUGUUACUUCCAUGUUUUGCAGCAGUAUUAAUUUUGCUAGAUCAUGGAGUAUCUUCUGGGUCUAAUAAAUCAACGCCUUUAACUUUGGAUAAUUAUUACCGUUCAACUGCACUAGUUUACACGGAAAAUAAUAUUUUCGGCAGCAAAUACAGAGACACUGUUGAGUAUUUUAAAAGUACUGCGAAUAUAGUCUCAUCAAAUUUGAGUCUUACUGAUAGUCUAUUAAGGAUCGCAACCAAUGAUCUGAGUACUUAUCGAAAUAAGUUGAUAGUGUCUGCGGAAUUUAAUGGAACCAAUGAUAACAUUAAAGCUAAUGGUUUUUACUCGGGCAGUGCUCUUCUCAGUGUACCGAUUACUAUUAAUUGCGUUACUAAUACACUGAUAAAGGCGCUUACGAACAACAGCAAUUACAGAAUCGAAGCAUCUGCGCAAUCACUUCCGGAUAUAGAUAAAUUGAAACAAGCGCCAAUGCUUAAUACUGAUGUUACUCUUUCUAUGAUUGUAUUUUUAGCCCCGGCGAUUGCUAUGUAUGUUACUCAGCCUUUAACGGAAUCGUUAUCAGGAAUAAAACAACUACAAAUUAUGACUGGUGCUCCGACAUUGAUGUAUUGGGGAGCGACAUUUUUAUUUGACAUAAUACAAUAUAUUGUUUCCGUCCUAUUACUUCUAGUAACGUUUAUUUCUAUUGACAAAACAUUGGGGACUGAGUAUUAUCAACUGGAAGAAAUAUUGAUUUUCAUUGGGUUGCUAAUUUUGUUUGGAAUAAGCGUUCUACCCUUCGUUUAUCUCACAAGUUUUUUGAAAAAAACAUUAAAUUCAACAAUUAUUGCUUUAUGCGUCGCACCAUUAGUAUUAACUGCAAUUGAAUUGAUUUUAUUCGCUUUUUCAAUGGAAUUGAAACACGACGCGUUCAAGAUUUUCCGUAAAAUUCAAAGUAAUCUAUUCUUGCUUAUUCCUCACGUGAGUUUCAUUUACGGACAUCUUUCAUUCCACAAUGCUUUGGUUCAAAAUGCACGAUGCCGACGAAUGCCUAAUAAAUUAUUAGAAGUAUCUUGUAUAAGUGGUAUGGAUCCAUGUUGUGGCAUGGAUUGUUUUAACGGUGUAUGUAAGAAACCUUUAUCUUACUUCGAUGAAUUACAUGAUAUCCUCCCCAGCCUUCGUAAAAGUAUGAUAUAUCUUAGCUGUUUACCAAUAAUUUUCUUCACGAUCAUUUCGUUGCUAGAAUUGAAAUUAUUCGCUGAAUUGUUAGCAAUUUGCAGAAGACGAAAAGUAGAUAAAAAUAUUGUUGGAAUAGACGAAAUGGUGUUGAAGGAAAAAUUCAUCGUUAACGACGAAAUUUCAAGGCUUGUGAAAAACGUUGAAAAUAAUUUAUACCAAAGUGAGAACAUAUUUCUCGUUCAAGAAUUAGAAAAAUAUUACGGUAGAUUCCAUGCUGUUAAAGGAAUUACUUUUAGAGUUAGAGAAGGUGAAUGUUUCGGUCUGCUCGGAGUUAAUGGAGCAGGAAAAAGUACGACAUUCCGGAUGUUAACAGGCGAUUCAAUCCAAAGUAACGGCACAAUGUAUUUAAAAGAUAGCAACAUUUCAACUGACCGCGUAAAAUAUCUUAUGCAGAUGGGCUAUUGCCCACAGCAAGACGCGCUGAUUGAUACUUUCAAUUCAUGGGACCACUUGAAUCUAUUUGCUAGACUCCGAGGAAUACCAGAUUCCCAAAUUGACUUGACUGUACAGAAGUGGAUUUCAAAGCUUAAUUUAACAGCUUGUGCUAUUCAGCCUAGUGGAACUUACAGCGGAGGGAAUAAACGUCGGUUAAAUAUCGCAAUCGCACUUAUCGGUAACCCUCCGCUUGUGCUGAUGGACGAACCGACAACGGGUGUAGAUCCAGCAGCCAGAAGAUCUUUGUGGAAUACACUCAAGGCAUGCCAAAGUAGUGGGCAGUCGAUAAUUCUAACAUCGCACAGCAUGGAAGAAUGUGAAGUCCUUUGCAACCGCUUAGUAAUUAUGGUAGGAGGGCAAUUAGUUUGUGUCGGAGCUAGUCAAGAGUUGAAACAACGAUUUGGAGCUGGUUAUAAUAUUCAUAUAAAACUUUCGCCAGAUCACAAUAACUCACAUAUUGAUCUAAUAAAAAUUAAGAUUGAGUCCAAUUUUGCCUGCAAGCUUACCGAUGAAAACACGGGAUUUAUCGGUUAUCACAUAACCGACCCGAAGGUAACCUGGACUGCUAUGUACACAGUAAUGAAUGAAUUGAAGAAUGAUUUUAACUGCAUUGAAGACUUUGUUGUACUAUCCUCAACAUUAGAACAAUUAUUUAUACAAUUUGCUCGGGCACCUACUGAAACUACCCAAUUAAGCGGUGUUGUAACGGAAUCAUGGAAAAUACAAACGAAUGAAUCAGGGCUUUAAUAGUGUCUUACACAUCUUGUGGAAUCGGUAUUAUACUCUAGAUUUGUGACAUGCAAACGAGCGAAACUAAUGUUGCCAACAUACGAGAGCAUAAUUCUUGAUGCCACUAGAUGUAUUCAAUAAUUUAUGUGAUGUGCACGAAAAAAACGCCGUUUAAUUUUUGAAGUUAGGGUCAACAUAGCAUAAUUCUUUCGAUUACAGUAAAUUACGGUAACUACCGUAGGUCGAAUCCGCCAAUUUUUUAUAGAAUUUAAGUGACGUAUUGUUUUACGCAUGCGUGUGCGGAUAAAUUAAAUGCGCAUGUACAGUAUAAAGAUUUUGGUUAUGUUAAUAAGGCAGCUGAAUUAAGUAACGUCAUAAAAGGAGGAAAUAAUAGAUUCGUUAAUAAUUUAAAUCAUUGAGUAUAGAUAUGAGUUAAGGUAGUUUCAGCAUGAAAUCACUUUUCUACAAAUUCGGCUGAAAUUUUUUUCACAAGUUUAGAAUAGCUUUAUUUAUAAAUUCCUAAAAUUUCAUAAUUUUUGACCGUUUAGAUCGCGAGAUAUUUGAAGGCAAAGUUCGCGAUUUCGAGGGUCAUGCCCCAUUUAAAGAAUACAAAAUGUCCGGUCCCUCCAACAAUUUUUUAUUAUAUUAAAAAAUUCUCUCGACAGAAUUGGAAAAAAAAGUAGGAUAGUGUUGAAAAAUGUUUUUAGAAUAAGUUAAAAAAAUAAAAGUAGCAUCUCACCGUUUUGUUAUCGAGAUAUAAUAAUUUAAAAAAAUAAUUUUCGAUCCAUUUCCAACCUGCUCGCUUAAUAAAUUAUAGUGAUCUGGCAACGCCGUGCGCAACGCUCUCUGAAAUAGUGUAGAAUAAAAAGCGGGAAAUUUAAAUCUUUCACGGUUUUAAUAAAAUUCAGCUGCGUAACUAAAUUAUUAAAAUCACUAUUUAAAUUAGUUAUAAAUAAAAAAACGAUUAAAUAAAUAAAUAAAUAUGAUACUUUUUUAAAAGACAAUUUUUCAGAUAAAUUUUCGUUUUUUAUAAAUUGACCUUUGUGCCGUAAUUGCUUGGGCAUCAUUUAAUUAAAUAAUAGGUAUUAUUAUUAGAAAGCGCAAUACUAUUUGUGUAUACUGAGAUCAUAAACAAAAAUACAUAAACAGUCAGAGCAACGUUGUCAGAUCAUUGAAACUAACAAUAUGUAAUUGUAUGUGUGAACGUUUGUGUGCCGAGGCUUCUAAAUUUUUGUCUAUAGUAAAUACUCUGACUAUAGUAUACCACGUUGGAACUACCUUAAUAUAAAAAUUAGUGAUUUAAUAUAGAUUAAGUGACACUUUCGACCAAUCAGAAAUGAUUAUAUUUUAUUAUAAAAUUUUAUGAGACUGACUUUAGCAAGCUAGCGGCGUAUUCUUCGGGCAUAAGUUACCUAAAAUUAAUUUUCCAUGAGAAUGAUUAGAAUUCAUAAUUUUAAAAUCAACUGUUUUGUAAAUGCUGUUUAACUUAUUGAGCACUUAAGAAAAGAUAGUUAGUAAUUUGUGAGAUUUUAUUCUUAUAUUUUUUAUUUAUUUCAUCCUAUAAGUGCACAGUGAGUAUAUAGAUCAAUUAAUGCAAUUAUUAUGAAAUAAUACACGGUACAAUUAUUGUCACAAAGUUGACUCUACAUUAGAACGUGAUCAAAAUGGAACUAAAAAUAUAUAUAACAAAACAAUACUUAAUCGAUUGAAAUCAAAGCCUGAACAUAUUAAUCAUUAAUUUAAAUUAUGAUUCUAUAUUUAGUUAAAAAUUUAAACAAUAUAGUGAAUUUUUUUAUUUUAUUUUAUUUUUUUUUUUUUUUUAAUUAAAUUCGAAUGUUGCAGUAUAUUUUGUUAUUAUUGUUUUACCAGUUCGUUUAAUUAAAGAUUACUUUUAUAAUUUAAUAAUCUAACCAAAAUUAAACAUAUUCUUCAUUGUAUUGACAAAUGUAUGCUAUAAAUAGGGACCGUGCAUGCAAUAUAGAGGCAGCACUACUGCCGAAGUUCGUGCUCUGUAAUAAAUUUUUUGAAAUAAUCGGGAAAAACAUGCGUAAUGAAUAUUAAAGGAAAAUUUUGAAAAAUGGAAAAAAUAAUAAAAAAAUAUGGGUUUAGGCCUGUUGUUGAAAAUUGUGUUAAUGGUCCAAAUGUAUUUAAAUCAGACCGCGUAUUUAAUGUCAUAUAGAUAGUAGAUUUAAAUGGCCAAGUGGUAAUCUGUAAGGCUUUUUUUUCCACAGGACACUAAGUGUGCUCUUUGGAAAACUAUAAAAUUUAAGAGAUAAAUCAAAUGCACGUUUUCAACUUGAGGUAUUUGUACAUUUUCGGAUGCAACAAACUUUUUUUUUAUGAAACUAUGAAAAUAGCAGAUCCGAGUUACGAUAAAUAACCUAUUUCGCCGCGAAUUGCCGCAUUUUACGGUAACUUGUGGUAAAUUAUGGUAGAAUAAGGCAAAUCGAGGUAAAAUACCACAUGAACAACGCAAAUUUACAGUGGAUUAUUAUACUUUUAUCGCAAAAUACCGUAUUCCACCGUAAUUUACGGUAAUUUAGAUCCGCUAUAGUAAAUAAUAAAUCCACAGUAGUGUGGCCCAAAAAAACCGACUAUUUUUUUUUUCGAGUCUCUUAUGAAUAUUUGUUGGUUUACGAUGCUUUAAGAAGCCUCUCCAAAAAUCAGCUUAAUAAAAAAUUUUCAAGAGGUCGCUCACGAAUUUUGAAAAUAUCAAAAAUGUAUUUUUAUUUCAAAUUUUUUUCUUUCUCGUGGCAGCAAUAGAUUAUAUUUGUGAAAUCAUGAAUACGCUGAAAAUAUAAGCCCAAAAUUUAAAUAUUUAAACCUCGCUCAAGAAUUUUUAAUGUUUCCGAGUGCUGUCUUUUGAACGUUUUCGAGCGACCUUUGAAUAUUGAUAAUAAAGCUUCUUGAUUUUUUCAUCAUCAGUUAGUAUCACAAUGAAUGGAAAUAUAACCCGAGAAACUGAAAUAAUGUUAUUUACAUACUUUUUUAUUUUUUAAUUUAAUUUUUAGGUUUUUUCGCUUAUUCAAAACUUACCAAAUUUUAUUGUAUAAGACUGUCCUGUAUAUUUUUGAUUAUGCAAAAGUUAUAUUUUAGUGACAUUGCAAUAAUUGAGUUAUAAAAAAAUACAAAAACUAAUUCAAAGUAUUAGUCAUAUAUUAUUAGUUAAUAUUCAAAAUUCUUAAGCGCCGUUCAAAUAUUUAAAUUUUGGGCUGAAAUUUUCAGCCUGGACAUGAUUUCGUAAAUAUAAACUUUUGCUGCUCCAAGAAAGAAAAAUUUAGAAGUAAAAAAUCCGAAUUUCAAUCAUUUUUGAUAUUUUCAAAAUUCAUGAGCGACCUCUUGAAAAUUUUUUAUCGAGCUGAUUUUUGGAGAGGCUUCUUAAAACAUCGUAAGCCGAUAAAUUUACACAAGAGACUCGAAAAAAAAAAAUAGUCGGCUUUUUUGGGCCACCCUAAUGCACAGUAUAAAAGCUUGGUAAUCCUUAUUAAAAAAAAUAAUUGAAAACGAUUAGAAAAAAAAAAUUUAAUCAUACUUUUUAAUGGUUUCGAAUACUUUUGAAUUGCCCUUCUUAUGGGAAUUUAACAUUGCAAAUCGUUUCGAAUUGUUUUUUUUUAAUCAGGGAAAUAUUCCCGAUUACUAAAUACUUUUAUCACUAGUUAGCGUUCGAUUCAUCAUGCACGGUCCCUAAAAGAUUACGUUGUCUUUGCUUGUAAAAAACAUGAGGUCUGUUCUUCGAAUAUUAGUUUUAUAAUCGCAUAUCGCGAACAGUAUUUUUAUGAAUUUGUAUUAUAUUAUCUAACUAUUAAUUGUAACAUAAUUGAGUUAAAAUCAAUUUUUUUAUGCGUCAAAAUUAAGGAAUAAAGACUUGAUAGUGAUAUGGUAUUUAAAAUUAAUUUAGUAAAAUAUUAUAUAUACAGUUUUUGAACUGUAAAUUUCAUAGAUCAACGACUUUUUACGACCAAUUUUAUAAUUUUAUUUUAACUUACAUUGUUCGGUAAUUAAUUGUAAAAUUAUAUGACACUGAAGCACAUGUAAUAUGCAUGUUUUAAUUAGAAGAAAUUAAUAUUUUACAUUAUAAUGAAGAAACAUUUUUCAAAAUAUAUUAAUAUUUUUAUAAAUUUUCAGAAUUGUAUUUACAAAGA